AUGUUGCAUAAUCUUUCAACAUCUCCUAGAUGUCCUUUUAAAUUUCCCACUGAGCAUAGAAAAUAAGAUAGUAAAAGUAUGACUUUUAGAGAUUUUAUUCAAAUGCAAUAAACCAAAGAUGAGAUGAAAUUCUAAUGUUCAGGACGAUUGUCACCAUUAUAGGGCUCUCCUAUAAACUCAAAAAAGGAAAGAUGGGAAAAAUAGUUAAGUACUCAUUUACGCUAGAACCAAUAGAAUGAAUUAUUAAUAAAGCAUUCAUCUUAAUGUCAAAUAGCAAUGAAAGACUUUGUAAAUAAAACAAAGAAUUUUCGAAGUCAAGAAUAAUCUCCUAUUAAAACAACAUAUCAAUUACCAAUGAUAGGUGAUUCACAAGAUAUUGUACUUCCAAAUACUCCUGUUCAUUUUAAAUUUACUCCCGUAUAACCAAAAACUAAGGCAUCAAAUUAUAUUGGGUUAAGAAAUGUACAAGAUCAACUUGAACAAUUAAAAAAACCUAAAAUAUAAUUUAGUCACAGAGAAAUUAAAUAAUAACCAAUGACUUAGACAGAAAUUAUUAGUAAAUUCUUUGAAACCAAAUUUUAGAGGAUAAUAAAAACUUAGAUAAAAUAAUAUGGUAGUAAUGAACUACUUGAUUAACAUUCAGAAACACUUUAUUUACGUAUUAUUCAAGAUAGAUAAUUAAAAAUGAAAUUCUAAGGAAAAUCAUUAAAGUAUUUGAAGGAUAUUUAUAAGAGUAUUUUAGGAAUUGGAUACACUUAAGAGAUAUUACUUGAUCCAUUUAGAAUGAGAAGUAUACAUGCACCUUUGUUUAUAAAAAAGGAGUAAUUUAUUAGAUUUAAGUAUCUCUUUAUAAACCAAUUUAUGGAUAUGGAGACUCCAGUUGAAUUAUUAUUUAAAGGAUGUUAUAAAUUAGAAAAUUUUAAACCAUUAAUAUUAAAUCAAAAAUGUGAUUUUGAUAUAUUUGGUGGAGAAUUUGGAAUUAAUGAAAUUGCUAAAAAUAUGUAUGAAAAGAUCUUUAAAGACUAUACCUUAAGUCCAUAUUUUAAGGCAAUAGAAUUAGAGGAAUAAGCAAUUAAAUUUGCAAAAUUAUUUGCCCAAUUAAUAGAUCAUACUGAAUCACCAAAUUAUACACUUGAAGUAUUGAGAGAAAGACAUGUUAAAUACAAACUUACACAUGUAUAAUUGGCUAAUUUUAAAUUUUAUUUAUCUACAACACUUUAAAAAUUAGGAAUAAGAUUUAAACAUAUUAGAAUAUUAUUAAGAAAAAUGGAUACUUAUAAAUUUGCUAUAUUAAAUAAAUAAUCAUUGUAAGAAUGUAUAAACAGUUUUCCUGGAGGUUAUAGAGAAUUUAUUGAUAACUUUGUUCGUUUAUGUACAAGUGAACCAAUACUCUUUGAUUUAAUUUAAAAAAGGGGAAAAUAAAGAUUUACUGCACAUUGUGAAAAUGUUUUCCAUUAUUUUUUUAGAGAUAAUGUAAAGUCAAUUACAAAUAGUGAUAUUGAAUCGAUUCAUAAGAAUAAAAGUAUAAUUUCAGAAAAAGUCUUUAUAAAAUUCAAGGAGAAAGCCAUUCAAGCAGUAAGCAAAGUAACUAAUGAUCCCAUUUUAUUAAGCGAUUUUGAAGAGGAUUGGGAAGAAAUUACUCCUAUUAUUUUGAAUAAAUCUAGGAAAACUACAAUAAAAUAACUUGGAGGAUAACUUGUUAUAAAUAGAAUUGCAUCUAAACUUGAAAAUGAGAUAUUGUAAAGACCUUUAUUACAUAAAGUAUUUGAGGUAAUUAGUAAAAAUAAAUAAGGAUAAUGAAUCAUCUGUGGGAUAAAAUUUAAAAUGUAAACUAAAUUUAAUUCUAUAUGGAUUACAUUUUUAUAAAAGAACAGAUAUUGAGGUUCUUCAUAAACGUUUAAGAAUAAGAGAAUAACCUUAUUUCGAAUUUUAAUAAGUACAUAUUAAGUUUUAAAAAUUUUUAUUUAGGCUAUGA